GGGUUGAUGAGAUUGGUUUAUGGAGUUCCUUUUGGUGAUUCGUUUGCUUUGCUGGAUAUUUCUUAAUAUUAUUUAUUGAAACAUAGAAGUGAAUGAUUUGGUUCAAACUGGGAAAUUGUGGUGGUUGAUGGUUUCUUCAGCCAUUUUGAAUACAUUCCUUUUCUUGGAUGCAUUGAGAUAAUUUGAAAAAUCUCUUUUGGCAAUGGGAAUCAGUGAUUUUUCAGAGCCAUGAUUUAUGGAGGAUUUGAGUACAUGGGAUGCAGGAUGAACAGGGUUCGCUGGUAGCUAUUUGAUCUUUUACAGGGAAAAGCAUAGAACCUUCUCUGUUUUUCAUUUAAACUUCCUUUAUUUCUAUUUUCUGUUCAUGGAGUACUUUUUAUUCUCUCAGUAGGAAAAGAGUUCAGGGCUGAUUUUUGUUUUGAAACUAAUCAUCCAAAUCACUGGUAAUUGAGUUUUGUUUCCUCUCCUUAUGUGUGCCUUCUCCAUUUUUUCUUCUUUUAGGAAUACAAACAGUUGACAACAACUUGUGACUCCCCUAUAUUAGUAUUACAAUGGCCGAGAGGAAUCCUCCCUUCGGUAGCAUUAUUUGUCGAUCUUCUCUGUUUUUUGUGUUCACAAUUGCCUCUUUCUUCUUCAUCUUCUCUUGGUUCUCUGUCUUGCAUUCCACUAGCCACCCUCACUCCAUUGACCUCAGCAGCUCACCCAAUUCCAGGCUAUUUGCAGUGAUUGACAAUAAAAAUACACAACCCCGAAAUCAGGAUGACAUCCAACCUUCAGUACCCAAUAUGUCAGGUUCUGUGAAUUGCAAGGAGGAAGCACCUCAAGAUAAAGAAUUUAUGAAGUGCAAUCCAAAUAGGGUAGUCAAGGUUUUUAUGUAUGACUUACCACCUGAAUUCCACUUUGGGCUUUUGGAUUGGAAACCUGAAGGGAAUGGUGUGUGGCCAGAUCUUAAAACCAAAAUACCUGAUUAUCCAGGAGGUUUGAACUUGCAACACAGUAUAGAAUAUUGGUUGACUUUAGAUCUCCUCUCAUCAACAUUUCCCGACUCAACUGGUACCCGUAGUGCUGUGAGAAUGCACAACUCAAGUGAAGCAGAUGUUAUAUUUGUUCCAUUUUUCUCCUCCUUGAGCUAUAACAGAUAUUCCAAACCUCAGCCACAUGAAAAGAAUAGGAACUACUUGUUACAAGAGAAGCUGGUGAAGUUUUUAGCAGCCCAAGAGGAGUGGAAGAGAUCAGGGGGACGCGACCAUAUAAUCAUGGCCCAUCAUCCAAAUAGCAUGUUAGAUGCAAGGAUGAAGCUAUGGCCUGCUAUGUUCAUACUUUCAGAUUUUGGGAGAUACCCUCCAACCAUAGCUAAUGUUCAAAAAGAUGUGAUCGCACCUUACAAACACAUUAUCAGAACCUUUGUCAAUGACUCAUCUAGCUUUGAUGAUCGUCCAACUUUGCUGUAUUUCCAAGGAGCCAUAUACAGGAAAGAUGGUGGAUACGUUCGACAAGAACUGUUUUAUCUUUUGAAAGAUGAAAAAGAUGUGCACUUCUCAUUUGGGAGCGUUAAUAAGGGUGGAAUCAAUAAAGCUAGCAAGGGGAUGCACUCAUCAAAGUUCUGCCUCAACAUUGCUGGUGAUACCCCAUCAUCAAAUCGCCUGUUUGAUGCCAUUGCUAGCCACUGUGUCCCUGUCAUUAUCAGUGAUCAAAUCGAACUCCCUUAUGAGGAUGUCCUUGACUACUCUGAGUUCUGCAUCUUUGUACCUGCAUCAGAUGCUGUCAAAGAGAAUUAUCUCAUCAAGUUGAUCAGGAGUAUCAAGAAGGAAAAAUGGACAAGAAUGUGGAAGAGGCUGAAACAGGUUGAAAAGUUCUUUGAGUUCCAGUACCCUUCUCAUGAGGAUGAUGCUGUACAAAUGAUCUGGCAGACAGUUGCCCGUAAGGUGCCUUCUAUCCGAUUAGAGUUACAUAAGUCAAAACGAUUCUCUCAGCAUACAGGCAGGAGGAAGAGGGAUCCAAUAGCUGUUCCAAGGAAUUUUUGGUGAAAUGUGAAUUAAUCCCAAUGGGUCACUCCACGCGUCCCAUCCUUUUAUUGGAUGGUUGUUGCAAGUCAGAUAAAUCAUGCAAAGUUACUGCUACAGAAAUGUGAUUCUUAAAGC